AUGUUCGGCGUUGUUCACUUCGGCAUCACUAACAUUGUGUGUCGCAACUUUACUGAUUUACCUACUACAUGGUCUAAAUCAGAAACUGAAAUUCUAAAAGUAACGGUUUUGGCGUCUAGCGCGAUCAGUACCCGCGAGCGCACCGACAAGAUGGCUGCGUUUCUUGACCCCGUCACUGGACGCCGCAUGCCAUUGAACAAUGACCUCAUCUUGGGCAUCCUCAAUGAUGGUAACUGUUCCGAGUUGGACUUCGACGACGACGAUGAAGAGUUUAUUCCUCUGCAGCUGGAAAAUGAUGAAGAAGGUGAAGUUGAGAUAUCCUCUCCGCCUCGCUUAUCUGCGGCAGCUGUGAAAUCGGAAAAUAUUAAAGGUAAAGUGUCUAAAAGGAAGUCUACAUCUGAUAACAUGAAUGAGAGUGAAGCAGGCCCAUCUUGUUCUAAAAAGUCAAAACAAACACCUUGUUCAAAAGUAACACAAAAAUCAAAGGCUGUUAUAGUGAAAUUGCCUGCUCGUAAAAGAUUUGAAGUUGCUGAGACACACAUCUGCACUCCUGACAGAGAUCGGCGCGAUUCAUCCCCAUUACUUGAAACGCAGGCACAAACUUCGGGCAGAUACAAACCCGCUAAUCAUCCGUCUGUGGGAAAGAGGUUUGAUGGUUACGAACACUUUCCUAUUUUUGACGACUUGAAGGCUCCUCGCAAAUGUCGCUCAGAGAUUUGUUCAUCUCGCUCUAAAAUUAGGUGCCGUAAAUGUGAUAUUUACUUAUGCUUGAGUCGUGAUAAAGACUGCUUUUUUUUGUAUCACCAAAGAAACUAG